AUGUUCACCCCUCUCAGAUUCACAGCUCGGCUGAACCUGCGCCCAGUCCGCCCAGUCCGAUGGAAUUCGACUGCUAGUCCAGCGACGCCGCCCUUAAUGGCCAAAAUCAGGACCGAUCUCAAGGUUGCCAUGAGGGCGAAGGAUAAAGCAAGAUUGGAUGUUCUUCGAGCUAUCAUAUCGGAAACCAACAAUUCUGCAAAGACUGCAUCGCCCAUUCAGACCGACCUGCAGCUUUUGUCUUUGAUCCGGAAACGUGCCAAUGCUUCAAGGGAUGCAGCGCGACAGUUUGCUGAGGAGAAUCGACCCGAUCUUAAGGACAAAGAGGACGUGCAGGUGACAAUACUCGAGGAAUACGCCGGUGAAGUGCAGACGAUGAGUCUGGAAGAUAUCAAGGAUGUUGUUUCACAAGAGAUCGCCAAACUCAAGGAGGCAGGUCAAAAGGUGGAAAUCGGCACACUGCUCAAGUCUCUCUUCGCUGCUGGUGGGCCUCUGGACGGCAAGCCAGCAGAGAGAUCAGAAGUCGCAAGAAUCGCCAAAGAGGCUAUCUCCUCGGCAUGA